AUGUCCAUCAAGGUUGCAAGCCACGGUCUCCUUCCCGUCGAGCUCAAUGGGGGAAACCAAAAGAGUGGUGAUGAGAAUGAGGCCAAGUUGGAGCCUGAACCAACUGAAGUGGAUCGGAGAGGGACUGGUGGGUUGUCUAAGAGGCAUGCCCGCCACAAUACCGGAGCUGGGAAUGAUGACGCCUCACCUCAACAACAGGGGAGGCUGUGGGCAAAGGAUCGGUCGGGCACGUGGUGGAUGCAGUGCAACAACCCUGAUUACCUGGAAGCCAAAUUCCGCAGCCAUUUCCGGAUGGGUCAGGACACCUUUGACAUGAUUUGUCGUGAGUUGGGCUCUGUCGUUGCCAAGGAGGACACCCGACUUCGCCCCGCCAUUCCCGUACGAAAGCGUGUUGCCAUCUGCAUCUGGCGCCUCGCCACUGGUGAGUCCUACCGAGCCAUCUCUGACCGCUUCGGCCUUGGCGUCUCUACCUGUCACAAGAUCGUACUCCAGGUCUGUGCCGCCAUAAAAAAUACGCUCAUGCCCCGCUUUAUUCGUUGGCCUGACAGGGCCCCUGCCUUCGAGGGCAGCUUUGAGUCCAUCUCUGGCAUCCCGAACAUCAUCAGUGCCAUGUAUACCACCCACAUCCCAAUCAUCGCGCCAGCACCACAAUUCAAACCCAUGUCUUACUACAAUAAUUUUCAGACGGAGCGCAUCAAAAAGACUUCCUACUCCAUCAUCCUCCAGGGGGUCGUUGGCCCUGACGGCACUUUAACUGAUAUAUGCAUUGGUUGGCCUGGCUCCAUGACCGAUGAUGAGGUCCUUAAAAAUUCAUCUCUGCAGCAACGCGGCAACAGUGGCAUGAUGGCUGGCUCCUGGGUGGCUGGCGGCUCUAACUACCCCCUGAUGGAUUGGCUUCUCGUCCCAUACACGGUCCAAAACCUGACGGACGCACAACACGCCUUCAACGAGAAGGUCACAAAGCUCCGUCACGUGGCCGUGGACGCCUUUGCACGGCUCAAGGGACGGUGGGCGUGCCUGCAAAAGCGCACAGAGGUGAAGAUUGAUGACCUCCCUGCCGUAAUCAUAUGUGAGGUGAACGGGGAGGAGAUGGAUCUGGAGCUGCGAUGUGAUGUCAUCGACGAUGAGAUUAUGCCAAAGAACCUUGUGUGUUCUGAGAGCGCCAGCAAGGCUAGAGACAAGAUCGCACACAAGCUCUUCUAUCAUGACCUGGGUGAUACCACCUUUUGA